AUGUCGCUUAAGAUUGCAUCAGUAUUAGAACUAUCAGGGUUCGAGAAGUACUCUUGUGUACAUGGAAAUUGGUCAACUAUCUGUCAUGCUGCUCAUUUAACUGGUGAUCAUAGAAUUAUUGUCAAUAAUAUUCCAUAUGUCAUUCCUCAUCUACUUAAACGACAUCCCCGCAUGCGAACACGUCUUCAUAUUGAAGGUUAUCAACAUUCACUUCAGAUUUUUGACUAUGAUGAAGAAUAUCUUAAGGCAGAUUUAUUUUAUUCCGUUGCCAAUAUAAAUGAUAAAUCUCAUCCGCAUAUUCCUGUUAAGGCAAUUCGUCUCAAUGGUGAGCCAACACCAUUUCGUAUUCAACCAAUUAAAAAUAACUUUCUAUUUACAUCAAGUUCUUCAAUUGUCUAUUCAUGUUUACAUGAAAAAUGUCGUAAUCAACAAAUCACAUUGAAUGGUCCAUUGUUUGGUUGUUUGUUAUUGGCUUUUCAUCAUUGUUUUCCAAGUGAGAAAAAAAAUAACAGAUAUUUGGCGCCAUUUAAUGUGGAUCUUGCUGUUAAUAUGCGUUCACGUUUACCUCAAUCAUCGUUCACGUCUCAAACCGUGGGGUUUUGUGUUAGUAUUUGUGAAAUAAAAUUGAAAAGACAACUUUCACUUCAUUCUACACCGUUUUGGACACUUGCAAAAAAAUGUAUGACAACAACAAAUAAGGCGUUAGCAAAUGAAAAUGAGCGUUACACUAUGCAUGUUUAUAACAACAUUUUGAGCAAUUCUCACAAAUUUGAUCAAUUUAGCCAAUUCUAUCCUGAAGGACUUACAUCAGAAUUAUGUUUGUCUAAUAUUGGUAAAUAUCCAUUUCCAUGUAAUUAUAAUCAAGGUCAAUUACGAUUACAAGGAUUGCAUGUUAUCAAUAAUUGUAGUGUGUAUUAUUCAACAGCUAUGUUUUUUGUUACAUGUGCUGGAGAUGAUCAAUUAGAUUUUUCACUUAGUCAUGCAAUGGAAACUGAAGAAAAAGCACAAGAAUUUCUCGAUUAUUAUGUUCGUCUUAUCGAAGCAUGUGCUAUUGCUGACAUUGGAAUAACUCUAGAGCAACUAUUGAGAAGUGUUCAGUCUCAAUAA